AUGUGGAAAAGUUUAACAAUUGUAUUAUUAUCAUUUAUCAUCGGUGAGACAUUUUGUGGACCAGUACGCCGAAAAGAUCCAAACAAAAUACAUAGUUUAAAUUCACUAUGUCAUAUACUGAAUUAUGGAGAAUUUAAUGAUCGUGGUAUAAAGACAUUUACACUGAAUAAUCCUAAUGAACCCAUCAAGAAAUACCAAACUGGAUACAAAAAUCGUGUGGAAUACGUUCGUGCAGUCAUUACCGUUCAAACUGUACAGAGCAAAGGUUCAACAACCAAUGACGCUACUCGAAAAUUUGCACGAGCAAUGGGAAAGCUAACAGAUGAUGCUGGUCAUAUUAUUGGGAAUAAUUUAGGUGGUACUGGUCGAAAUGUCUAUAAUAUUUUCCCACAAAGUCCUAAUAUCAAUCGAGGUGCAUGGAGUCAAGAAGAGAAGGACAUUCGUAAUUUAGUCUUGACUACGAAACAACCUAUUGAAGUUGUUGUUCAACUAUAUUAUCCAACGACAACAGCAACAAGACCAAAUCGUUUCACAUACCGAGCAGCUUACAACAAUGCUUGUCAUUCAGCUAAUGUCAUCAAUCCUUGA